AUGACCAGUACUGGAGAAAGUGAAUUUAAACGCGUCCAAGAGAACGAAGAGGAAUUCCAAAAGGGUCCACUAUCUGUUUUGAUGCAUAGUGUCAAGAAUAACUCCCAAGUACUUAUUAAUGUGCGCAAUAACCACAAACUAUUGGCACGUGUCAAAGCAUUUGAUCGUCAUUGUAACAUGGUGCUGGAGAAUGUCAAGGAAAUGUGGACAGAAGUACCGAAAUCAGGCAAAGGCAAGAAGGCUGCGAAACCUGUAAACAAGGAUCGAUUUGUGAGCAAAAUGUUUUUGCGUGGUGACUCGGUCAUUCUUGUACUACGAAACCCACAUGCGUAG